GUACAAUUUGGGAUGUCGAAUGGCGUACUAGCGUGACUGAGUAUCGUCGUUGUUCUCCCUUUUAAAACAAAAUAAUGCCGCGUUCUAAGAAAGUUGUAAGUUAAUAAUCGUGUCAGUGAAUAUUUAGAAUACAGAGCUAUUCUAUUUUAAGUAUAUUAGUCGCUUUAUAUACUUUCUGCAUGUCUGCGAAUGAGUAAAAAAAUGUCUAAAAAGAUGACGGAUGAAGAAGAAAAUAUGUCUGAUAGUGAUUUUGGGGAAGAUGAAGAUCCUGAUAAAAUUGAGGUGCCAGGAGGCGGUAAAGAUCUGGCUGCAGCAGCUGCAAUGCUGGAAUCAAGGGAGAAACAACUUAAACAAGAAGCCCUAAAACAAGAACCUUUCAAAGAAGAAUACAAACCCGACAUGGCUAAAAUGAUGCAAAUGCCAAUGAAUGCUUUCCCUAAAAUGGCCCAGAGUAUACAUCCCAGUACAUAUGACAUGAUGAGACCACCUACAAUGGGUUCCCCAUACGGGAUGAGCAGUGUGGCCGCAAUGGCAAGUAUGCUCAACAGUUUGGGGAGCCCGAUCAACGUCAGCUCUUUAUUCCCACCACAAGCUUCUGGCACGGGAGCAGGACCUGGCUUCAACGCUGCACAGUUUCUGCAGCAGAGUAAGUCCUAUAUCAGGAGCUUGGAGAUGCUUAACCCCUACUUUAACCCCGGAUAUUUCUCAAUGUUCUACCCUGGCGGAAACAUGUCUCCGUGGGGCGGACCUCUCAGCAAUAAAGCAGUCCAGUCCAUGUGGAUGAACCAAAUGGAUAACAAACCCAUGCAUCAUCAAGAAGAGGAAGAAGUAGACGACGAAGAAUUGGGAGUUGCUGAAACGUACGCCGACUAUAUGCCAUCGAAACUGAAGCUAGGCAGGAAACAUCCCGAUCCCGUUGUCGAGACAGCUUCGUUAUCUAGUGUAGCUCCCGCCGACGUUUGGUAUGAACUGUCUUUACCUGACGAUACUAUAAACAAAGGGCAUUUGUCUGCUUUACAGUUGGAGAGUAUUACAUAUGCUUCACAAGCACACUCACAUAUAUUACCAAAUAAAUCGAGGGCUGGAUUCUUGAUAGGUGAUGGUGCCGGUGUUGGUAAAGGCCGUACCAUAGCCGGAAUCAUCUUCGAAAAUUACCUGAAAGGCCGCAAGAAAGCUAUCUGGGUUUCAGUAUCGAACGAUCUCAAAUAUGACGCCGAACGUGACUUGCGAGACAUUGGAGCCGGGAAAAUAGAUGUGCAUCCUCUCAACAAACUCAAAUACGCCAAAAUCAAUUCCAGUACCAAUGGCAACGUGAAGAAAGGAGUGGUGUUUAGCACUUAUUCCGCCUUGAUUGGAGAAAGCAACUCGGCCGGGGGAAAAUAUAAAUCCAGACUGAAGCAGUUGUUGCAGUGGUGUGGAGCUGAUUUCGAUGGACUUAUAGUUUUUGACGAGUGUCAUAGAGCUAAGAAUCUAUGCCCCGUUGGCUCAUCCAAACCCACCAAAACUGGUCUGACUGUCCUCGAACUACAAAAUAAGCUUCCUCAAGCGAGGGUUAUCUAUGCGUCAGCUACCGGAGCCUCAGAACCAAGAAACAUGGCCUACAUGGUGAGAUUAGGAUUGUGGGGAGAAGGUACACCUUUCAAAGAAUUUGCAGAUUUUAUAUCGGCAGUUGAAAAGAGAGGUGUAGGAGCUAUGGAAAUUGUAGCCAUGGAUAUGAAGUUAAGAGGAAUGUAUAUAGCGAGACAACUUAGUUUUCAUGGUGUAGCUUUUAAGAUAGAAGAAGUUCCCCUUUCCAAAGAUUUCGAAAAAGUAUACGACGCCAGCGUGAAGUUGUGGGUAGAAGCCAUGCAGAAGUUUCACGAAGCUGCUGAGCUAGUCGACGCUGAAAAUCGAAUGCGAAAAACUAUGUGGGGACAGUUCUGGUCAUCGCAUCAACGGUUUUUCAAAUAUCUUUGUAUAGCAGCUAAGGUACCGCAUGCUGUAGCAGUCGCACACGAAGCUAUAAAAAUGGGAAAAUGUGUAGUAAUAGGUUUACAAAGUACAGGGGAAGCGAGAACUUUGGAACAGUUAGAAAGAGAUGACGGAGAAUUAACCGAUUUUGUUUCUACUGCCAAAGGCGUAUUUCAAACUUUGGUAGAGAAACACUUUCCAGCUCCUGAUCGGAAUCGUAUCCAUAAGCUUUUAGGUUUGGAACCCGCUCCUGCUAAAAAAGCUCCUGCUACAAACGGAAACGAUGAAGGGAACAGUUCUUCAGGAAAACGUAAACCAGUUCGACAAGCGGCAGCUCGAGCAAAUAAACGAAACAAAUGGUCAACGUCAGACACCGAAGAAUCGAUUAAAAGCGACGGUUCCGAUUUCGAAAUGUCAGAAGUGGAAAGUGAAAUAUCCGAAGAACAUUCCGAUUCCAACGUCAGUAGUGAUUUCAAUCCAUUCCAGUCGGGCAGCGAUUCCGAUGACGAUCCUUGGAAUAGAAAGAAAAAGGGAAAGAAACAGAAAAAGCCCCCGAAAAAGAAGAUUUCCGCUCAGGAUAAACUGUCGUUGAUGUUGAGUAGGAAGACCAAUAAAGCUAAUAAACCAAACGGGAGCGGUUUCCCACCUGUAGCCCCACCGAUGGAUGCCAUCGAACGCGCCUGUAGCAUGAAAGAAGAAUUAUUGACAGCUAUCGAAAAGUUGGGAGAAAAACUACCGCCUAAUACAUUGGAUCAGCUCAUAGACGAACUGGGAGGCCCAGAAAAUGUCGCUGAGAUGACUGGUCGUAAAGGACGAGUGGUGUCGACGGAAGACGGCGGAAUUCAGUACGAGAGUAGGUCAGAAAAUGAUGUUCCUUUAGAAACAUUAAAUCUGACGGAAAAACAAAGGUUUAUGGAUGGCGAGAAAGAUGUGGCUAUUAUUUCAGAAGCUGCAUCAAGUGGUAUUUCUCUUCAGAGUGACAGGCGAGUUAAAAAUCAAAGACGUAGGGUACACAUCACAUUAGAAUUACCUUGGUCGGCCGAUAGGGCUAUUCAACAAUUCGGAAGAACUCACAGGAGUAAUCAAGUUAAUGCUCCUGAAUACAUUUUCCUUAUUUCUGAUCUUGCUGGAGAACGAAGAUUCGCCUCCAUCGUCGCAAAAAGGUUAGAAAGUUUAGGUGCUCUGACCCACGGUGACCGUCGAGCGACCGAAACGCGUGAUCUCAGUCAGUUCAACAUCGACAACAAGUACGGUCGUUCUGCGCUCGAAGCGACCAUGAAGGCCGUAAUGGGUUAUGAACAGCCAGUAGUCCCGCCCCCACGAGACUACAAGGGCGACUUCUUCAAAGACAUCGCCGCGGCGUUGAUCGGCGUGGGGAUGAUUGUAAAUAGCGAAAAUAUGCCGGGAGUGCUGUCCUUAGAUAAGGAUUAUAAUAAUAUGUCCAAGUUCCUUAAUCGUAUUUUGGGUAUGCCCGUAGAAUUGCAGAAUAGGCUAUUCAAAUAUUUUACUGAUACUCUUGCUGCUAUCAUCACAUCAGCAAAAAGAUCCGGAAGAUUCGAUCUAGGUAUUCUGGAUCUUGGUGCUGGAGGAGAACUAGUGAAACGAGUUCGCACGGUGACGUUCCUAAGAAAACACGCGACAGGUAUCGCUCCCACAGAACUUCAUACUGUUCAUGUGGAACGAGGCAUGGCGUGGCCAGAGGCCUUAGAAAAGUUUUCAGAACUUAUUGGAGAGCAUGAAGGUUUCUGGAUAUCACAUCAAAUUCGCAACGGUAAAACGACCGCCAUCUUAGCCGUUGCUGUGGAUACUGGCGGCGGUGGAGGAGGCACCAAAGGAAAAAAGGAAGGUAAAAAGGAAAGCAAGAAAGAUAUGAUGUUUUCCGUGUAUAGGCCGAAUACAGGGUUGCAAUUCAGACAGGAGAGUUUGGCUGAACUAGAAAAAAAAUACAAAAAAGUGGAAUCUGGUGAAGCAGAAAAAUCCUGGUCUCAACAAUACGACGCUUCUGUAAAUACUUGUUCUCAUGCAUACUGGAGAGGUAAUUGCCGGAACGUCUCGGUAGGACACGAUUGUGAAGUCGGACUGAGACGAAGAACCUACAACGUAGUGUCUGGUUCGGUAUUGUCGGUAUGGAGUAGAGUCGAAGGAGUUUUGGCGAGCAAAACAGGCUCGCAGAAUAAGAUGCAAGUUAUACGUUUACGGACCAAAGAUGACAUUAAAAUUGUGGGUACACUCAUUCCAAAAAAUUGUGUAGACGAUUUAGUCAAAGCUCUAUCGUCCGACGCGGAAAAGACAGAGGAAAAAACUUUCGAAGAUUAAAGAGACUGAAAAGUGAAAUAAAACGCUAUCAUCAGUUGAACACUUGAUAUCACAAAUUUGCCAUUGUAAUUUUUCGUCCUUAACUUAUAUUGUUUGUUAAUUUUUCGAAUUUGUGAUAUCAAUUGUAACUUUUUAGGAAACAAAUACAGGGCAAAUAUAGUAUUUUGCGGCACUACAAAAAUGAGUUGCAUUGUAGUCCAGUGAAUCGUAACGUGUGGAUUAUUUUUUUUUUCUUUUUUUGGAAAACCAAUCUUAGUAAAGGGAACCAAACGUUUUUGAUUUUGAUUUUUAUCCUUAAUUAUUCGUCUUGCACAAAUGUCGGGAUUAGCAGCCUAGUGCAGUAUGAAGAUCGGCGACACGUUGCUGUCUAAAAUUUCUAGUGUGAUUUUCGACCUUCACAAAUACCAUUAUAUGUACUAAGGUCGUCCAGAAGGUAAAGAACCUUUUGGCAUAAAAAAUUAAAAACAAAAGAUGUCAACACAAAAUUUUACUUACCAAGUCACAGUACCUUAGACUAUUUUUCAAUGUAGUUGUCUUGAUUGUCAAGGCAUUUAUUGUAUCGUGGACUCAGUUUUUCGCUACCGCAAACUGCCUAAGCCAGGAUAUCUCUUCAUCUUUGAGCUAGCUGUUCGUCGUUUCCAAACUCCUUUUCACCCAGGAAUUCCUUCAGUUUAGGGAACAGAUGAUAAUCCGACGGCGUGAGAUCUGGGCUGAAUGGAGAGUGUUCGCAAAUUUCCCAUUCUAGACGUUCCUUGCCGAGUUCUUGUCGAUACAUGGGGAUGAGCAUUGCUAUGAAUCAGGAACACCUUCGUCGACAACAUACCACCUCGUUUAUUCUGUAUUACACGUUUUAAUCUUUGAAGGGUUUCGCAAUAGGCUUCUGAAUUUAUUGUUUUAGCCCUAGACAUAAACUCUACGUGAAUUACACCCUUACAUUUAAAAACAUAAUCACACUGCGUGGUUCACAUUUGGCGGGAUUUUCAAGCGGAGUUGCCAUUUCAAAAUGUUAUAGAACAUACGAGAGGUAGUGUUGGGAAAUGUAAGAGUACCAAAACAUGCUGUCAUAUCGAAACUGGCUUCACUUUUCAAAGGUUUAUUAAAUGAACGUUUACCUGUCCCCUCUCUUUCCUUGUCUAAGGCUCACACUUAUGCGACAGACAGAGGUAACUCUCGCGCAUGAAAUCGCGGCGGUGGGGGAUCGACGCUGCUCGUGAUGCGCAAUCGUUCUUUACUUUCUGGAUGGCCCACGUAUUUCUGACUGUUGGGUCAACAUAUGAAAGAUAAUAUUUGAAAAAUUAACGCUCGGCAUUGUGUUCAUCACUUCGUAUCUUAAUCUUCACGAUAUUAUUUAUUAUUAAUGUUAUUUAUAAUAAAAUUCGUUUUUACAUCUCGAAAGAAGUGGCUCGAAGGCCUUAGCUCGGAGGAGAAAGGUGUAUGAUGAAGAAAAAACAAGCAAUUUACCUAAAACUAAAAAGGACGGCAGUUCAUUUUUUGUCCGUCUAGUUGUAGGUCAUUUUCCUUUAUUUUCGGUUUAAUGUUUUUCGAAUAAUAAUAAUCUUGUAUAUGUAAUAAAAUGCAACUUUCUGUCGUUCACUGAUAUAAGCAGAUGCAUAGCAUCUGCUUAUGACAUUUGUGUGCUUUCCGGGAUCUAUCAAUUGGUCCGAAUCGUUAUUGGAAUUUUCAGUGCCAGUUUAUGCCUUAAGAUAUUUUACUUAAUUGGGAUUAAAUCCUCUUAAAAUGAUCAGGUGUUUUUGGAUGUCGAUAGUCUUCGAAGACUUGUUUUUCCUCGAAUAAACCAGCUGAUUUGUCGUUCCAAUAUAGACUUUCCACUAUUACAGUGAAUUAAAAUCUUAGAGUGUGCAAUGGUCCACUUGGAUCUUUAUUUCAUCAUUGAUUGGUGUGAAGAUGGACUUUUUCAUGUCAUGUUCUCUCAAGAUUUUGCCAAUUCAUUCGUGGUUGUUGUGUUGAGCCACGUACGUACAUUUUUCAUCCAGGAAGUCCUUUCGUUGUAGAAUUAAUUGCAGCAACCCAUAUCUUUCACUGCUCCUCAUUAUGUGACCGAGGUAUUCGAUUUUAGCUAUUUUUAUUAUGGUUAACAACUAUUAUCCUUUAAUACAGUAGGAAAACUCUUUUUCUACAAGUGUCAAUUCUUCCACCAAAUAUUCAGAUUUACAUACUCAGAUAGCACGAUCCCUUGACAUUUUAUGACUAGUAUCUUUUGGUGGUGAUGUGAGUAUACAAAUAAUGGUUCAUCUACUUUUGUUUUUGAUAUACUCUUUGCCCAAAAUGUCCGUUUAAAUGCUUGGUAAGAACAAUUAGACACAUGGCAACAAUGUGGUAAGUUGGAUAUUCAACACAACGAAAAACAAGUGUCUUUAUAUAGCACAGAUCAGUGCUGUGCACAAAUAGAUCGUAUAAACUUACAAGAGAGACGAAAAACACUAGUUUCCGGUAUGAGAAUUAAAAAAACACUUAAGUUACUAAAGUAGUUAGGGGAGGCAUAUACUCAACUUUCAGAAGGUUGGAUGAUGUAGCAUAGUAGAAUCUUACAAAUGUUAUGACAUCUCUCGACAACUUUAAUAAGUCGCAUUAUUUGCUACUUUGAAUCUCGUAAAUAU